AUGCGUGAAGGUUGUUUUUCUUUUGUUGGUAAAGUUGGUGGACGUCAAUUACUUUCAUUAGCAGCUGGAUGCCUUAAUGAUUAUAUUAUUUGGCAUGAAGUUAUGCAUGCAUUAGAGCAUGAACAUCAAAGACCAGACCGUGAUCGAUAUAUUGAAAUACAAUGGAAAAACGUUGAGCCUGGGAAAGAAAUUAAUUUUGACAAAAUAAAAUUAACUGAUGUUGAUAUUUACCACACUUAUGAUUACCAUUCUCUUAUGCAUUAUGACGGCACUGCUUUUGGAAGAGUUGAUAAACGAAGCAGAAAGCCAAUGAUGACAAUGAAGCCUAAAAGGGAGGGAAUUGUCUUACGUGACAAUUUAGAAUUAACAGAUCUCGAUAUUGAAAAACUACAAAUACUUAGUGGUUGUGAUUCAACAAAAAAACGAAAAUUUCGCCCAAAAGUUGGUGCAGUUGAUUCUAAAGAUUUGGGUAAUUCAUGCGGCGACCGUUCAUUAAAUUGCCAAUCUUUGGCUCAAAGAGGGUUUUGUGCAGAAAUACGUUACCAAAGGCUUAUUAAAAUUCAAUGUCAACAAACUUGUGGAUUUUGUACUUCGAUUUUAUUAUCUGAAACAAAUCAACAAAUAGAAAUAAAUGGGGAGGAGAAAGAAAAUUCAAGUACUACAAAUGCCGAAAUUUUGCCUUCAACCAAUCCAAAUCAAAAACAAAAAGAUAAUAAUAAUGUAGAUCCUCACUAUACACGUUGGAGUUUUCCGGAAGAAAGAAAGAAAAAAUUAAAAAGAAAAACUUGA